AUGACUAACGCUCCUAGUACAAUAAAUAUUGACGAACUUUUCAACGUUAGUUCAGAUAAUGAGAAUGAUAAUUCGGAAUUACAAAAUGGCGAAAGCAAGAAGAAAACCAAAUUAAGCGAAGUUAAUGUUCCGACUACUCCGGAGAUUGUGAACCAGACAUUAACUGCUCGUAAAUAUCAAAUUGAGCUGUACGAAAAAGCUAAGAAUGAUAAUGUAAUAGCAGUUUUGGAUACUGGAAGCGGAAAAACUUUCAUUGCUGUAAUGUUAAUAAAAGAAAUUGCAACAAAUGAGCGGGAGCUUAGGAUGACUAGACGAGAGACCAAACUCACAUUCUUUCUGGUAAAUCUCGUACCUCUGGUUUUUCAACAAGCCAGCGUGAUCAAUGCAAAUUGCGAUUUAAAAGUUAAGCACUUUUGUGGAGAAAUGGGUGUCGAUUUAUGGAGUGAAAAACAAUGGCGAAAUUAUUUUGAAAAUUUUGAUGUAUUAGUUAUGACUGCACAAAUUUUUUUAAAUAUUCUACGUCACGGAUUCAUUUCCCUGACACAGGUUAAUCUAUUAGUUUUUGAUGAAUGCCAUCACGCUUCGAAAAAACAUCCAUAUAACUUAAUUAUGAGAGAGUUUUAUGAUCGAUGUCCUGAAGAACAAAGGCCAAAAAUAUUCGGUAUGACGGCAUCUCCUGUAAAUACCCGUAGUACUCUUCAUUCUGCCAGUAGUCACCUUGAGCAUAAUCUAAAUGCUAAAGUAUUCACGGCUAGUGAUACUGAUGAACUUCGUAGAUUUAUCAAUCGUCCUGAGGAGAUAGCAAUAAGAUAUGACCCUCCACCAGAAUACGAAGAAACUGUACUUUACAAGUCACUUUGGAAAGAAUGUCUUGGUGCAGAGAAAUUUCAAAGAGCGUUUGGAAGUGCUGUACAAGCUCUCCAAGUUCUUGGCCCUUGGUGUUCGGAUCAGGUCUGGAAAUAUAUAUUGGAUGAAUUAAAUGAAAAUAAAUGUGAUGCAAAGUUAUUAGCUCCAGAGUUGAUUAAUAAUGUGGAUUUACAAGAAGAACAACGUCUAAUGCAAAAGGUGUUAGAUAUUGUCCGCGAUUGGUCUUUUCCACCCCCUAUAUGCGAUCCUAAUAUUCUAUCCCCAAAAGUCAUAAAAUUGAUAAAAGUUUUGGAUUGUUUUCAAAAACAGUCUGAUGAAUUUUGUGGCAUAGUAUUUGUUGAACGUCGUCAUACUGCUAAUGUGUUGCAUUAUUUAUUGGAAGAAAUUGGUACUUUAGAUUUUAUAAAAUCUGAUGUCUUGGUUGGGCAUGGUUCUAGUGAAGAAGGAGACUUGCAAAUGAAAUUCAAGAAACAGAACAAAACUAUUAACUCGUUUCGCGAUGGAAAAAUCAAUUUAUUAAUUGCCACUAAUGUAGCAGAAGAAGGUUUAGAUAUCCAACCCUGCAAUGUCGUUAUUAGGUUUGACUUCUUUAAUACAUUGAGAGCUUAUAUUCAAUCUCGAGGCAGGGCUCGCCGUAAAGAUUCAAAGUAUAUUGUAAUGGUAGAAAGUGGAAAUCUUAAGGAACAUGGUUUACUCAGGGAAAUGCGAAAAGCUGAGAGCGAUAUGAAGGCUUGGCUUCCUGCAGACAGUUAUUGUAUGUUGCAACCGGAUUUUACUUUUACAAAAGAAUACGUUGGAUAUACUUGUAAUCUUAAAUUACCAAAUAAUGCACCAAUUCGUGAAGUUAUUAGUGAAGUUUGUAGUAGUAGAAGUAAAGCAAAAAAAGCUGCCGCGUUUAAAGCUUGUCUACAAUUAUACGAAAAAAAGGCAUUAGAUGAUCAUCUAUUACCAGAAGAAGUAUGGAUCGAAGAAGAUCAUGAAAUGACAAAACCGUCUAAGGAUGAACAUGGUUUGGUUGAAGGAGCAAAAAAAUCUAAGAGAGAGUAUCUCUUGAAAUCUCCAGACUUAUGGACUAUUGAAGAAGAUCAGCCCAAAAUUCCAGAAGAACUUUAUGGCACUAUUCUAAAGUUAGACAUGGAAGAUGAAAAGUAUGACGGAUACUCAUAUCGCACCCUAUGUUUAUUAACACGUAAACGAUUUCCGGAAACUCCACCAAUUACGUUAUAUUUCCACGGAAUUAAUAAAGUACUUAAUUUGUUUCCUUAUUCGAAACCAAUUAAAGUCAGUCUUGAAAACAAGGAAAUAGCUUUUAAAUUUACUUUGCGCACAUUUACCUCCAUAGUCAACAAAGAGUUUAUUUGCGAAUUCGAAAAUUUCCCAUACCUUGUCGUACCACUUGUUAGAAAUACGCCUAUAAACGAACAAACACUUGAUUUCAUUGAUUGGGAAAGUAUGGAAAUAGCUGUUAACGAAAAACAUGCACCUAUUGACCUUAAUAAAGUAUCUGACAUGGAGGAUGCUGUAAUAAUCGAUUAUUCCGACAACUUACGGCGCUAUUUUGUUCAAUCUAUUCGACAUGACCUUUCUCCACUGUCCCCUAUUCCGGAGGGAAUGGUUUUACGUGAAGUUGGUUGUAAAAAUUUUGCAGAAUAUUAUAAAAAGUCAUUUGACUUAGAUAUGAAACAUCCGGAACAACCCUUAUUUCAAGUUCGUAAAAUUUCAAAGGUUAUGAAUUUUUUACAACCCGUACCUGGAGCAAUACCAACAUUAAAAGGUAGAACAGCCACCUUUGUGAUUCCGGAAUUUUGUAAAGAAUAUACAAUUACUGCUUCCAUCUUUAGAUCCGCCCUUAUGUUACCUGCUAUCCUCACUAGAAUUAAUUCUCAACUUUUAGCAUUAGAAUUAAGAUUAAAAAUGGAUUUGCCUAUUAGAGAUGACUUAUUAUUAGUGGCAUUAACGACUCCAUCCGCUAACAUGGAAAUGAAUUACGAACGUCUCGAAACGUUAGGUGACUCAUUCUUAAAAUUUUGUGUGACGAUAAGGUUGUAUGUCAUGUUUCCUGAUAAACAUGAAGGUCAACUUCAUUGCCAACGUAUUAGAAUUAUUUGUAACAAGCAGCUUUAUCGAAGUGCAAAGAAACUGCAUAUCUACGAAUACAUAACGUCACUCCCAUUCAAUCGCAGAGCUUGGAGACCAACCAACAUGAUUACCACAGUUGAUGAACCUGAGAUGUUGGAGCAGUUAAAGAAACAUGGUUUAGCUGACAAAACCCUUGCUGAUGUUAUAGAAGCAAUGUUAGGUGCCGCUUAUUUGAGUGGUAAUGUGGAUGCUGCUCUAAAAUGUGCUGCGGCUGUGGAAGUUCCAUUCGAUGAUAUUACAGAAUGGGAUCAUUUUCAUCAAAAGAAUAAAAACCCUCCACGCGUUAAUCAAAAAGCUCUUAAGUGUGUGGACGUUGAAAAAGUUGAAAAGAUUUGUGAACAUACAUUUAAAAAUAAAAUUUUAAUUGUAGAAGCACUCACUCACGCUAGUUUACCCAACUCUUCAACUUCAUGUUAUCAACGUCUUGAAUUUUUAGGUGAUGCUAUAUUGGAUUUCAUGACGGUCAAAUAUUUAUUUGAAAAAUAUCCUAAUGGGACACCAGGAAUGAUCACAGAUCUAAAAGAUGCAUCUGUUAAUAAUCAGUUCCUUGGAGCUGUUUGUGAAGUAAUAGGACUUCAAAGACAUAUUAUUCAUUUCUCGCCAAAGUUGAUGGCAGGCAUGACCGAUUUUGUAAAUAUUGUAGAUGGAAUGCGAAAUAAGGGUGAAGCUGUUGGAGAAUAUUGGAGCGACUUGGACGUCCCAAAGGUUAUGAGUGACGUUGUUGAAAGUAUGUUGGGAGCUGUUUUCGUGGAUUCAGAGUUUGAUCCAGCUGCGCCGCAGAGAUUAUUUGAUAUUUGGAUAAAACCCAUUUUAGAUGUACACGUUACUCCUGAAACGUUGAAAGUUCAUCCGGUGAAGAAAUUAACAGAAUAUAUGCAAAAAAUAGGAUGCACCAGUUUGUUGUUGAGAAAUCAUACUUCUGAAGAAAAAGAGACAGAAUCUCAACGUUGUACUAUCUUUAUUCAUGAUUCGCCAGUAUCACAUGGGAAGUCAAAUAAUAUUCGUGCAGCAAGAAAGAUAGCAGCUCAAGCGGUUUAUGAUAAAAUCGAAAAUGAACCAGGAUACCUUGAAAGUGUAUGCUCGUGUUCAGCUCUUCCUAAAGAUGAUAAAUUACUUAAUGAAGAUGACGAUGAUGAAGAAUUGUUGGAUUAA